AUGGUGAAAAAGGACAACAUAUGGAUUUUGUGUAAAUUCUAUUGUAAAGAAAAUGAAGGAAUGUUAAAUAAAAAACAGGAAGAUGAUAUUUUCAAAAUUUUAGAAAAUUCCAACACACCAUUAUCUAUUUUAAUUAAAGAAGAAUUUGAUAAGAAAGCUACAAUACUGUACGGGAAAAUAUUUAAAAGCAUACUUUUUUCUCGCUUUUUCGUUACUUUUGCAAAUUUGAAACUUCGGCUAUUCAUUAUCCGAACUAGCAAUAAAUACAAAAGAGAAGUUUCCCUGUUAUCGCAAUUUGUAACCCUAUGUGGUAGUAACUUGAGUGUCCAAGUAUUAUACAUAGGAGUAACACUGUGCAAAUGUAAAAGAUUUUUAAGAGACCUAUUUAUUAGGUUAAAAAUUGAAGAUAACAUUCCAACCAUUUUGAAGGAAUUGGAAAAUUGUCCAUAA